AUGCUCUCCGAUGACAUUCGUACUGACGAGGAGCAUCAACAGUGCUCCGACCAAGUAUACGGUCAUGUAAUCCUGAGUCGAGUCAGAUUGAGGACAUGUCUCGGCUCCUCAUCCGGCAUCGGCCUCUCCACCGCCACCCUCCUCUCCACGCUCAAUCCCUCGCACAACCUAAUCCUCCUCGACCUUUCCCCCCCUCCCCGCUCCUUCCCGCACCCGGCCCAACACACACUCUUCCUCCCCUGCAACAUAACCUCCUGGCCCGCCCAACGCUCCGCCUUUGCCGCGGGGUACGAGAAAUUCGGGCGCAUCGACCACGUCUUCGUGAACGCUGGGAUCGCAGAAUAUGGCGAGCAGUUCUUCAAUGACGAAGUGGAUGCCAGCGGGCAACUAGCGGAGCCCGAUCGGCGCGUGUUGCAUGUGGACAUGGACGCAGCGGCGGACACGACGAAGCUCGCCAUCCACUACUUGCGCAAGAACGGGGGCGAGGGCGGAGGAAUCGUCCUCACAGCUAGUCUUGCAGGGUAUCUUGCGAGUGCGGGGGCGCCGCUGUAUAGUGCUGCGAAACAUGGUGUGGUGGGCUUGAUGCGCGCCCUCAAGCAAGAAUGCCUCAAGCUCAACAUCGCCAUAUCUGUCGUUGCGCCUGCCAUCACCGUCACGCCGAUUCUAAAGGGGAACAAUAAACGCAUGGCUGCGGAGCCGGACGUGUACGCGCGCGAAAUGGCAAAAGUUGGCGUCCCCAUUAACAAGCCCGAAUCCAUCGCCUUGGCCGUAUGUUAUCUCUUCAACGCCGGGCUUGCAGCGAGUGGCGCAGGAAUCUUCGUGCAAGCCGACAAAUUCACCGAUCUCGAGCGCGGACUAGCCAAGAGCAGGGAAGUCUGGAUGGGCAAGGAGAUGCUGGAUUUGUUUAGGGGAGGAAGGAGUGCGCCGCUGUUUGAUAGACUGGAGGAGAAGGCCAAGAUAUGA